AUGGAACAAUCCGAAGAUGGAAUUGGUAGUGGGAGUGGGAGUGGGAGUGGGAGUGCUCCAACACCAAGUGGCGAGAGUUCUCUAGCUCCCCCUAGGCCUAGAGGACCCAUUGAUAAGUAUGUGUCUUCUGAAGCUCGGCAAGCUACACUGAAUUCCAAGCUAAAAAAGGAUGAAAGGAAUGAUGUGUGCUGA